GCUGCGAUCUUCACCCCCCCCUCACUCUCUCUCUCUCUAACCGCUAUUUUUCUGUUGGAUUACCAUCUCUUCCAAAACUCUGAAACAAUCUCUCUUUAUCCUUAAUCAGUCACCGAAUACUUGAUUCUUCUAUUUUUUGCUUUUCUCCUUCAAAUCCUUUCUCAGAUUCUUCAUUCUUUCCUCAAUUUCUGCUCAUCAGAAUCAGUGGUUCGUAAUCUUUGUACUCACAAAUCUCUCAGUGGUUGAAUCCUGCUUUGUACGCUAAUAUCAAGAAAAAGAAACCAUCAAGAGAUUGUACUUUUCAGGCAAGGAAAGAAAGAAUCAACGAGGAUUCGAUUCGGCGCCGACAUGGCCUCAUCUGUGAUCUCAAAUCCUGUAACCAACUCCGAUCGGUCACGCGACGCCUCCAAGAGGAGGAGGAAGAAGAAGGCUCCGGCUCAGAAGAAUCACCAAGAAGAUCAGAUUCAGAAUCACGCUAGAUGGAAAUCCCAGGCUCAGCAACAAAUCUACACCUCCAAGCUCCACCGAGCAUUGGCUCGACUGAACCUCGGCGACGGCUCUUCCGGCUCCGGAAGCGGCGAUGCUCCUCGACGAGGGAAAACAAUCCGCGAAGCCGCUGAUAGGGUCCUCGCCGUUACUGCCAAUGGGAGGACUAGGUGGAGCAGGGCGAUUCUCGCGAACCGGCUCAAGCUGAAGUUCAGGAACCACAAGAGGAAGAGAGUGGCGACGGCGUCGAGGCUGGCUACCGGCAGUAGCCGGUCGAAGAAGCCAAGAGUGAGCGUUUUCCGGUUGAAGGGAAAGACCUUACCGGCAGUGCAGAGGAAGGUGAGGUUCCUCGGCCGGUUGGUCCCGGGUUGCCGGAAACAACCAUAUCCGGUGAUUCUAGAGGAAGCCAUCGAUUACAUAUCGGCAGUUCAAAUGCAAAUCCGAGCCAUGACCGAUCUCGCCGACCGACUCUCCGCCUCUUCUUCCACCUCGACCUCCGCACCCCCUGGUUAAUCCGCGCGGUGACUCAAACUCAAUGUUAAAUUUUUUUCCUCUCUUUUUCCUUGUUGGUUUCCUUAAUUUUCAUUUUCACGAUUUUCUUUGAUCCAACCUGUGUUUCUGCCAAGUAAAGAUUUCUGAAUCUGUGAAGUACAUAUAUAAAUAUAUCUCGUUCCCUUCUCUCUUCAAGUCGAAUCAGUCUCAUACUUGGCUUCAAGACUUAAUUCACCAGUAUUUCGUGUAAUCCUCCGUUCUGAUUAUAGCUGAACUCGAAAUUAAUCAUAUCAGCAACAUUGAAACAGUCGUGUAUGAAUCAUGUGAAUCUUUGUUCCGGAUCUGAUGUAUUGUGAAGAAUAGUUGCUAUACAGGACACCUGCGAUCUUUCAUUCUGAA